UAUAGACAUAUUCUUGGCAGUUCCCACAUUGUACAGGGCCAUUGUGUUUGAGCGGUUAAUUAACUGUAAUUCGCCGGUGGAGCAGAAACUGAAAAUUGUAUAUAGGGUGCACUCCGUAUUUCUUCAGAACAAAGAAGAUGAACAUCGAGUAAUGAUGCUUCCCAUCGAAGUGACGGAAUCUACAGACCCAAUUGAUGAGACCGAGGAAAUUAGAAGACGAAAACGAUCUAUUGAGCUAAAUCAUAAGUUCAAUAAGAACAAAGAAGAUGAACAUCGAGUAAUGAUGCUUCCCAUCGAAUUGACGGAAUCUACAGACCCAAUUGAUAAGAACGAGGAAGUUAGAAGACGAAAACGAUCUAUUGAGCUAAAUCAUAAGUUCAAUAAGGUUCGCAUUCGUAUCCCUGUUAGUACUGCUUACCGUAACAUCGGGGCACGUCACGGACUACUCGCAGGCCAAAUAUAUUCCCAUCAUUGAUGGUAGAAUUUUAGUUUGGGAAGAAUUCGCGUCCGUUACACACUCGGCGAAUCUCUCAGAAUAUAGGCGCGUGGUGGAAGAAACGGAUGGCAUGACCAGCAUGUUUCCCCAGUCACACAUGCAGAAACUUUUGAGUGUCGAUGUCGCUCAUCUGCGUGACCUGCUCGACUCGUUGAGCAUCCACCACAGAGUAGCUAGGAGUUUGGAUUUCCUAGGAGCGGCGUUAAAGGUAGUGGCGGGAACGCCAGAUGCAGAGGAUUUCGAAAAAAUUAAAUUCAAUGAAUUCCAAUUAAUAAAUGCAAACAAUAGGCAGAUAAACAUCAAUAGUAAAGUACAAGACCAAAUUAAUAAUAUUACU